CAACCCCCCGCCCCGCGCCUUCUCCUUGGAGGACCAACGGCUCCGCCUCCCAGGAGGGCCGGGACGUGGGGGGGCACAGAGGGGAGGAGGCCGUUGCCAUGUCGCCCCCCGGUGACCCCAGGCGUGUGCGGUUGGGGGCGACUGCACGUGUGAUAGGUGUUGAUGGCCCCUGGGUGCGAAGAAAGAGUAGGAGGCGCCGCGAUGUGCCGCCAGGAAGGCCCCCGCCCAGGUGCUGGGCUUGGCCGCGAAACAGCGCGAGCGGGAGGCCAGGGAGGCCGGCUGCUACAAGGAGGGUGGAGGGACGGGCCCCCUCCCAACAGUCUCGGCGGCCUGUGCUGAGUAGCAAAAGCAGCGAAUCCUGCGAGGAGUCCUCUUCCGAAAUGUCCCAGAAUGGAUUCGUUGAGGAUGUAGUAGGCUACCUCAAGUGUGACAUGGACGAUGCCUCGGAAACCCGUGAGGAGAACCUGGGUGAUGAGGCCUUCGACACGGUCACCUCCUCCAUUGUGUCUGGCGAGAGCAUCCGUUUUUUUGUCAACGUCAACCUGGAGGUGCAGCCCGCCCAGGCUGCCGAGAGUGAGUCGCCGGGCGGCUGCGGGCUCCUACACACCUCCCGCAAGUACCUGAAGUUAAAGAACUUUGAGGAAGAGGUACGUGCACACCGGGACCUUGACGGCUUCCUGGCACGGGCCAGCAUCAUCCUGAACGAGACGGCUACCUCGCUGGAUGAUGUGCUGCGGGCCAUGCUGUCCCGCUUAGCCCACGACCCCCACAACACCGAGCCCGACUGCAAUUUGCGCCUGUUCAUGGCCAUGCUCUUCACGGAUGCCGGGGCUCCCAUGGAGGGUAAAGCCCACCUGCUGUCAGACACCAUCCAAGGGGUCACUGCCACGGCCACAGGGGUGCAAUACCAGCAGUCCUGGAUCUGCAUCAUCUGUACCUCCAAGGCCCUGCAGAAGCGGCACGUGUGCAUCAGCCGGCUGGUUCGCCCACAGAACUGGGGGGAGAACUCGUGUGAGGUGCGAUUCGUCAUCCUGGUGCUGGCCCCGCCCAAGAUGAAAAGCACCAAGACUGCAGCUGAGGUGGGGCGCACAUUCGCCACCAUGUUCUUGGACAUCACCUUCCGCCAGAAGCUCCUGAACACCCGCACGGAGGAAGAAUUCAAGGAGGCUCUGGUGCAUCAGAGACAGCUGCUCACCAUGGAGAGGCAGCGUUCAUCCAUCGGGACAAAGGGUUACAUGAACUCCAUCAGCAUACACAAAUCCCCACAGCCCCCGAAGCAAAAGGACUUUCUCCCUAUGGGGAAGGGCAUCCGGGAGGACAUUGCCCGCAGAUUCCCUGUGUACCCACUGGACUUCACUGACGGCAUUAUCGGCAAAAAUAAGGCUGUGGGCAAAUACAUCACCACCACCCUGUUCCUCUACUUUGCCUGCCUCCUGCCUACCAUCGCUUUUGGGUCCCUCAACGAUGAGAACACGAACGGGGCCAUCGAUGUGCAGAAAACCAUAGCAGGGCAGAGCAUUGGAGGCCUCUUGUACGCACUCUUCUCUGGGCAGCCGCUGGUGGUACUGCUGACCACUGCGCCCCUGGCCCUCUACAUCCAAGUAAUUUCUGGCAUCUGUGACGACUACGAUCUGGACUUCAACACCUUCUACGCGUGGACGGGCCUGUGGAACAGUUUCUUUCUCGCGCUUUAUUCCCUCUUCAACCUCAGCCUGCUCAUGAGUCUCUUCAAGAGGUCAACAGAAGAGAUCAUUGCCCUGUUCAUUUCCAUCACGUUCAUGCUGGAUGCUGUCAAGGGCAUGGUUAAAAUCUUCCAGAAGUACUACUAUGACAACUUUGGGAACCACCAUGAAGACAGCACUUCUAUGGUGAGCCUGCUGGACCUCGGCACCAGCCUCAACACCAGCCUCAACACCAGCCUCCACACCGCCCUCAACACCAGCCUCCUGGCGAGCCCCCUGGAGUUCACCUCCGUAAGCGGCCCUGGUACUGAGCACCCGGGCCGGGAGACUGCUGUACUGAGCCUCCUGAUCAUGCUGGGCACGCUGUGGCUGAGCUACACCCUCUACCAGUUCAAGAAGAGCCCCUACCUGCACCCCUACAUGAGGGAGAUCCUGUCAGACUGUGCCUUGCCCAUCUCGGUGCUCACCUUCUCCCUCAUCUGCUCCUACGGCUUCCGGGAAAUUAAAAUGAGCCAGUUCCGCUACAACCCCAGCAAGAGCCUGUUUGAGGUAGCCGAGAUGCACUCCCUGUCCCUGGGCGCCGUCACCAGUGCCAUGGGCCUGGGCUUCCUGCUCUCCUUGCUCUUCUUCAUUGAGCAGAACCUGGUGGCUGCCUUGGCUAAUGCCCCAGAGAACAGGCUGGUGAAGGGCACCGCCUACCACUGGGACCUCCUGCUCAUCGCCAUCAUCAACAGUGGGCUGUCUCUGUUUGGGCUGCCCUGGAUCCAUGCCGCCUACCCCCACUCCCCACUGCACGUGCGGGCAUUGGCCAUGGUGGAGGAGCGUGUGGAGAACGGGCACAUUUACGAGACGAUCGUGAAUGUGAAGGAGACACGGCUGACUACGCUGGGUGCCAGCAUCCUGGUGGGCUUCUCCCUCCUGCUGCUGCCCUUCCCCCUGCAGUGGAUCCCCAAGCCGGUGCUCUACGGCCUCUUCCUCUACAUCGCGCUCACCUCCAUUGACGGUAACCAGCUCUUUGAGCGCGUGGCCCUGCUGCUCAAGGACCAGACCUCGUACCCGCCCACCCACUACAUCCGGAGGGUGCCCCAGCGGAAGAUCCACUACUUCACGGGCCUGCAGGUCGUGCAGCUGCUGCUGCUCUGUGCCUUUGGCAUGAGCAACCUGCCCUACAUGAAGAUGAUCUUCCCCCUCAUCAUGAUCGUCAUGAUCCCCAUCCGCUACAACCUGCUGCCCCGAAUCAUUGAAGCCAAGUACCUGGACGUCAUGGAUGCUGAACACUGAGGCCCUGGCCGUGUCCCAUUCACCUGUCCCUCUGGCUCUUCCCAGGCUGACUGUAGCCAUGUGGGGAGAGGUACGGGUGUCUUUUGGGGUGUUCCUCUGUGCUGCACUCCCUCCCAGCUGUCCCAACAGGCCUAGGACAUCUGGGCAUCAAGGUGGUGGGGGGGGGGGGCGGUUCUGUGGCGUGUGCCCAUCCCUGUCCCCAUUAGCCUUUCGCUUGGGUCAGUAACACUGCUCAGGACAACUUCUGCCCAGAGUGGAACUAAAGCCGGAUUUUCUUUUGAUAAAAGAGUCAGAUGUCUGAAAGAGAAACCAUUUCCUUGAUUGUAUAAGGAAUUUGCUGUGUGCACAUUAGAGAAUAAAGCUCCCGUUUCUACGCUUC